AUGCCUCACCAGCUGGUGCUCGACGCCAUCGCCAAACAGGACCCCCUGGGCUAUUUGGUGCUGCCAUCCUCCAUUGCCGGGGCGGCCAUUGUUGGACUCUCGACUCUGCCAGCUGUCUUUGCUCUUCUUCACCAGAUCCGCAACCGAACCCCCAAGGACAAUUUCUACCAGGAUGUCGAUGGCACGAGUACGCCCGAGGCUGUUGCUUCGUUUUCCAACAAGUGGCCCAAAAUUGCUAUCCUUGUCUCGUCUUUGGCGGCAUUCGGCCCAUCCCUGGCCCUCUCCAGCUUGUCUACUCUCCAUUCCGAUCAAGACGACCUCUUGAUUCCCAAUUGGCUGGCAACUGCUGCUCUUGUAUGUCCAGUCCUUCUCGCAAUACCAAUUAGCGCAGCCGUCUGCAUCUUUGCUCACCGAGCCCCUGUCAAGUCCCAUGACCUCGGCAUUUGGGCAUUCAUCUCGACAUUCAUCAGCAUCUUGAUCCUCCUCCUCCAGUCGCUCCACGCUGUGCAGAUUGGUGCUGCAAAGGAUGACCCUAUUUUCGUUCUUCGAUUGGUCAGCUUCGCGGUCGCGGUCCCAUUGCUGUUCGCAAACAUCUCGAUCCCGCGACGACCCGUCGUCUUCUACAAUGACAGACCGGUAGAUGCCCAAUUCACGACCUCUGUUCUGAGCCGAUUCACUUGGUCUUGGGGAAAGCCCCUGGUAGCGCUGGCGUCAAAAAAGGGCGAUCUGGAUGAAAAGGACAUUCCGGGACCGGAUCACAACUUCAGAGCCCGUGACUUGGUCGAGGCGUGGAACAACUUCAAGUUCGAGGGCACGCUUCUGAAGAAACUUCUGAGGGCUUAUCUACCUCUCUUUGUCCUCCAAUGGGUUGUCACAAUUGCUCGCUCAUUUGUCGGCCUGGGGCCGUUUUGGGCUAUGCUGCGCGUGAUUGAGCUCUUGGAGCGGAGCUCUGGUUCAGGGGAACGCCCAAUGGGUCAGAUACUGGCAUACAUCAUUUCCCUUGCCGUAUUCUCAUUGUUUUCUCAGUGGCUGCAAGGAUGGGUCAACUGGUUCGCCAUGUACAAGACAUCCAUUCCUCUCCGCGGCCAGCUUUCAGCGCUUGUCUUUGAAAAGUCCUUGAAGCGCAAAAACGUCAAAAUGGCAGAGAAAGAAACGCCAAAGCCGGACGGAGAUGCCGCCGAAAGUGACGACACGAAGAAGCCCGAUGAAGAAGACACCGUUCUCAAGUCUCGCCAGGCCAUUGUCAACCUCGUUGGCGUUGAUGUUCGCCACGUCUCUAACCUCGCCUCCUACCAAUUUUUCAUCAUUAGCAGUUUGGCGAACCUGUUUGUAUACUGCGGGUUUCUUCUUGGCUUGAUCGGUUUCUUGCCUUUUGCUGCCGGAAUUCUGGCCUGGGCUCUCGUCAUGCCGGUCAACACAUACGCCACCAAGUUUUACAUGAAGUACCAAGCCAAGCUCAUGAAGAACCGUGAUGCCAAGCUUGCCAUUGUCAACGAGGCGCUGUUGGGUAUCCGUCAAAUCAAGUUCUCGGCUCUGGAGGAUCAGUGGGAGAAGCGUAUCCAGGAAGCCAGAGAGCAAGAGCUGGCGACUCUGAAGAAGACAUUUAUGGCCGACUCUGUGCUGUUUGCUUGCUGGGUAAUCAGCCCAAUCUUCCUCGCGGCUGCCUCGCUGGCCGUCUACGCCCUGUUGCACGGUAAUCUGUCGGCGUCGGUUGCCUUUGUCAGCAUCAGCAUCUUCAAGAGCCUGGAAGCCACUCUUUCAGCCCUUCCCGAGCUUCUUACAGCUUCCGUCGAUACGCUUGUGUCGAUUCGGCGAAUUGACAAAUACCUUAGCGGCCCUGAAAUGAAGAAAGUUGUGUCUGAUGGCCCGGAUGUUGCUUUCGACAAUGCCACCAUCUCGUGGCCGGUUGAUGUCGAAACUCCCGACGAAGAGCGCUUUAUUCUCAAGAAUGUCAACCUGUCGUUCCCCGCCGGAGAGCUUUCUGUUAUAUCAGGAAAAACGGGUACUGGAAAGAGUCUGCUGCUAUCCGCUGUCCUUGGCGAAGUCGAUCUUCUCGAAGGCACCAUUUACACACCCCCUACCGUAUCAGCACUUGACCGAAAUGAUCACAAGGCUCAUCCAGGAAACUGGAUUCUUCCUGGCUCCGUUGCAUAUGUGGCCCAGACACCUUGGCUUGAGAGCGCAUCUUUCCGAGACAACAUUCUUUUCGGCCUCCCAUAUAUCGAAGCUCGAUACCGAAAGGUUAUUGAAACCUGCGCACUGAAGAAGGACCUCGAGAUCUUGGCUGAUGGCGACAAGACUGAACUUGGAGCAAAUGGAAUCAACCUCAGCGGCGGUCAGAAAUGGAGAGUUACCUUGGCCCGGGCCAUCUACUCACGCGCCGAGAUCCUGGUCAUGGACGACAUCUUCAGCGCUGUUGACGCUCAUGUUGGUCGACACAUUUUCGAAAAGUGCAUCAGCGGCGACAUCUGCGAGGGGCGCACACGAAUCUUGGUCACGCAUCAUGUGGCACUGGUUGAGUCCAAAGCAAAGUACCUGGUUGAACUUGGCGAAGGCACUGUCCUGCACGCUGGCCUGACAUCCGAGCUUGCUGAGGACGGCAUCCUGGAAAGAAUCAAGACCAAUGAACAAACGCAGGAGGAGAUUCAGCAGGAAGAGGCAGCCGCUGAGGCCUCAACGGCCGUCAACUCUGAAGAGGCCUCCGUUGCUGGUGCUGAUGGAGAAUCCAGCGAAAGCACCGCCGAAGCAGAACCAGCCAAAGAUCAGGUCGCCAAAGACUUCGUCGAGAAGGAAACUCGCGACAAGGGAAAGGUCAAGAGCCGGAUCUACCUGACCUAUCUCCAGCAUAGCGGUGGCUGGCUCUUCUGGAUUGUGCUCGCCCUCCUGUUCUCCAGCUUUGAGGCUGGAAAUCUCGCUCGGAAUUGGUGGGUCAAGAUCUGGACAGAAGGAACUGAAGAGCAAGCCGGUGGCUUGCAUGCAUUCGAAGCGGAGCAGAAGCAUGGAAUCGCAUACAGCUUGUCUUUCCAACACGGCCCUUUCCAUGUUGCUUCCGGCCUGCUGGGCACCGAGUCGAAGGAGCACAACCUGUCCUACUACUUGUUGAUCUAUGUCGCUCUCUCGGGCGCCAGCGCAUUCGUGGGGACGCUGCGCUUCAUCUGGUCCUUCAUCAUGAGCAUCAGGGCCAGCAGGACCCUGUUCAACCUGAUUCUCUUCACUGUCCUACGAACUCCACUGCGUUGGCUUGACACGGUUCCCGUUGGCCGCAUUCUCAACCGUCUUACGGCCGACUUCGACAUCAUCGACAACCGCAUCAACAUGGACUUCGGACUCUUGCUUUGGCGUGGUCUCGGCCUGGUCGGCGUCUGCAUUGCUGCCACUCUCGUUUCACCUUAUAUCCUCCCCAUGGCUUUCGUUCUGGUAUUCUUCGCCGUCGCUGUUGCUAAACAGUACAUGGCUGGUGCCAGACCGAUGAAGCGGCUCGAAAGCACCUCCAAGUCGCCCGUCUUUGAGCAGUUCAACGCGACAUUGUCGGGCGUAGCGACACUCCGAGCCUAUCAGAAGACCCAAGUAUAUGUGGAACGUAUGCACGGCCAUCUUGACGCCUGGGAUGCCGUGAGUAUAUAUGGCAGUCUGUUCAAUAGGUGGAUGAGCUUUCGCAUGGCUUUGAUCGGCACUACAUUCACCUCCAUCGUUGGCGUCGUUGUUGCCUUGUCUCCGUAUAUCGACGCCUCCAUGGCUGGCUUUACUUUGGCGUUUGCUGUGGACCUCUCUGGAAACAUUCUGAUGACUCUCUGGAGCUACACCAGCCUGGAACUGGACAUGAAUGCUACAGAGCGUGUCAUUGAAUACGCAGACCUCCAGACGGAGCCGCUGGAUGGCGAGAAGCCCCCCGCAGCCUGGCCCACAUCAGGAGACAUCGAGGUCAAGGACCUUGUUGUUGGGUACGCGGAAGAUCUACCGGCCGUCCUGAAGGGUGUAUCAUUCAAUGUGAAGAACAACGAGCGGGUUGGCGUUAUUGGCCGUACCGGCGCUGGAAAGUCAUCGCUGACUCUGGCCCUCUUCCGUUUCCUGGAGGCUCGUUCUGGCACCAUCUUGAUUGAUGGCGUGGACAUCUCCAAGAUUGACCUUCACAGCCUGCGGUCAAGAUUGGCCAUCAUUCCACAGGACCCUGUAUUGUUUUCCGGAACCAUCAGGAGCAACCUCGACCCGUUCAACGAGCGCACUGACGAGGAGCUCCGCGAGUCGCUCCACCGCGUUCACCUGGUCGACUCGCAGCCGGCGACACCUGCUAACGAGCCAUCGUCCGCUGCUGGCUCAACCGCGUCCCCAGCCAACGUCAACAUCUUCCGCGACCUCUCGAGUGGCAUCGCCGAGUCUGGAGGCAAUCUAUCCCAAGGCCAGCGCCAGCUCCUCUGCAUGGCUCGGGCCAUUGUAUCACGACCCAAGAUCAUGGUGCUCGACGAGGCCACUUCAGCCGUCGACAUGGCCACCGAUACGCUCAUCCAGCGCAGCAUCCGCGAGGAGUUUACGGACAGCACGCUCAUUGUGAUUGCGCACCGUCUCAGCACGAUUGCCGACUUUGACCGCAUUCUCGUUCUCAGCGAGGGUGCCGUGGCGGAGUUUGGGACGCCCAAGGAGCUGUGGGAGAAGGAAGGGGGUGUUUUCAGGGAUAUGUGCGAGAGCAGUGGUGAGAAGGAUAAGCUGCGCGAGACGAUUCUGGGGAAAUAAGGUGCUGGGGGGCUUCAGGGGUCGGAAACGAGCGAAAAGUUAUACGGGAUGGGGGGGUAACAGAAGCGAUGAAUAUUGGUUGAUUGUUUGUAUCGUGCCUUUGCUUGAAUUGGUUUCUUUCGUCCUUUGGUAUUACAUACUACACAC